UCUAGUGGCGGGCGGCCGCGUAGCGUUCUGUGGCGUGUGUAUGGGUGUGUGAGUGCGAGUGUGCGUGCCGGAGACCGACUAGGCCUUUGGCUGAGCCUCCGUGCAAUGGCUGGUCAGUGAAAGGGACGCGGCCAUGACGGGCAUCGAGACUGCGGCGCCGGGCGGCGUGGCCGGUUAUGGCCAGCCGCGUACAUACGACCCAUCCUUUCACGGCCCUGUCAAGAAACGCUCGUGCACGGACAUCUUGUGCGCCAUCCUCUUCUUCGUGUUCCUUGUGGGCUGGGCGCUGGUGGCGGCGUACGCCAUCUUCUACGGCGAUCCCGAGAUCCUCGUGUUCCCCACCGACUCUGACGGGCGUAAAUGCGGCCGCGACGCGGAGGUGGCCGACCGGCCGUUCCUUCUGUACUUCGACAUCAGCCAGUGCUCGUCGCCGCUGGUGCUGAUCGCGGGCUGCCCGACGCCGCAGGUGUGCGUGGCCCGCUGCCCGCAGGAGAGCGUGCUGGCGCUGCCGUACGCGCUGGACGAGCGGCUGUGCACGCCGGAGGCGCGGCGCCGGCUCACCUGCCGGCCCGGCGUGGACGCCACCGACACGCGGCGCUCGUGUCGAAGCCUGCUGCGCGACACAGACGAUUGCGCGCCCUACACGCUGCGCAGCGCGACCGUGCUCGGCCGCUGCGUGCCCAACCUCGGCCUGACCGACGUGUCGGACGGCAAGGUGACGGACGCCGACGGCCGGCAGAUGGACGUGACGGUGGAGUCGGUGUACAAGGGCGCCGAGCGGAUGGGCGUCUUCGUCAGCCUCAAAGGAUUCGGUACGGAGGCGUUCAGCGACUACCGCAGCUCGUGGUGGGUGAUCGUCAUCGCCCUCGUCGCCUGCAUGCUGAUCUCGCUGCUGUGGAUCCUGCUGAUGCGCUACGUGGCCGGCUUCAUGAUCUGGACGGCUCUGCUGGGCACGCUCGCCGCCCUCGUGUGCGGCUGCGUGUACACCUUCAUUCGCUACCGGCAGCUGUCCGGUGUGCCGGGCAGUGACGCCAAAAUAAACCCGCUCGAUGCCUUCACCAAGGGCUUCGACUCGUUCCUGCAGCUGCGGCAGACGUGGCUUAUCUUCUUCAUCGUGCUGUGCGUGCUGUGCGUGAUUCUGCUGCUGGUGGUGCUGAUCCUCUGCAAGCGGCUGCGCGUGGCCAUCGAGGUCAUUGACCAGGCGAGCCGUGCCGUGACGUCGACGCUGUCGACGCUGGCGUUCCCGCUGCUGCCCUGGCUGCUGCAGCUGUGCGCUGUGGCGCUCUUCACCACGCUGGCGCUGUACAUCGCCUCCAUGGGCCGCGCGCGCUACCUGGUGUCCAACUUGCCGGCCCGCUGUCGCAACACCUGCGCAGGUUAUAGCUUCAACGCCACCUGCGAGCCGGACACGUUCGAGAGCACGUGCCGCGUGCAGUGCCCGGAGGCCGAAUGCCGCUUCGUGCAGUACGAGAAGUUUCAGGUGAUCCCGUACCUACACGCCUACAAUAUCUUCGCUCUGUUCUGGACGUUGUUCUUCCUGUCGGCGUUCGGGGAAAUGGUGCUGGCCGGCACGUUCUCCUCCUGGUAUUGGACGUUCGACAAGUCGAAGGACCUGCCCAAGACGCCGCUGAUGGACAGCACGUCCCGCACUUUUCGGUACCACAUGGGUACCCUCGCAUUCGGCUCACUCAUCAUAGCCAUCAUCCGCGUCAUUCGGGUGACCCUGGAGUACAUCUACAAGAAGUGCAAGCGGCACCCGGGCAGCAGCGUGGCGCGCGCCGUCCUCUGCUGCUGUCGCUGCUGCAUGUGGUGCCUGGAAAAGUUCAUGCGAUUCAUAAACCGCAACGCCUACAUCAUGACGGCGACGUACGGAACCAACUUCUGCUCGUCAGCCAAGGACGCGUUUCUGCUGAUCAUGAGGAACGUGUUGCGUGUGGCGGCGGUGGAUGCUGUCUGUGACUUUCUUCUCUUCCUCGGCAAGGCGGUUAUCACCGUAGGGAUCACUGUAGCGUCGUUCUUUUUCCUGGACCAUCGCAUUCCGAUCCGGGGUCUGGACAAGUUCGUGCCGAACACGCACUACAGCUGGCUGCCCAUCGUGACGAUUGCUAUCGGAUGCUUCUUCAUCAGCAGUCUCUUCUUCAGCGUGUACAACAUGGCCGUAGACACGCUGUUCCUGUGCUUCCUGGAGGACCUGGAGCGCAACGAUGGCACUGAGGAGAAACCGUACUUCAUGUCCAAGGACAUGAUGAAGAUAUUGGGAAAGCGGAAUAAGCGUAUCAAGGCGGACUAGCCUGGUCAGUGUGGUGUUUAGCCUAGACGUGGGAGCGAUCUCCGAUAUAGCCUGGACGUGGGGACAGGCUCCGGAGUGCAGUGCGGGGAUUUGAUACCAUGGAAAGAAGAGAUGCAGUACACCUUUUGUAUGGCCGUUAUUGUUCGAUGUUUGUGGUGUGUCAAGGCAGCAGAUUGCGCGCACACUUGUGUGUGUAACGGCAACAGAUUGCGGGCACACUUUUCGUGGAAUGCGAACUUUGCAUUGCUCACCGUUUGAAUGAGGCUUGUCAUAAAAACAUUGCUUUUUGUUUUUGGUUGGGUUGCUGCUACAUCUCAUCAUUGCCACACACAUAGGCUGCUUUCCUCCGACGAUCAAGCCCCAGACGCUCUUUCCGCCAGAGCAUUUUUGCCCUGGAUUGGAUGGGGAGAGACUACACAUGGAAACACUUUUGUUGUUACAACGGAGACCAUCCCUUCGCGCGGACGCGUCGGUCGCUGUGUGCAUUGUCUGAACAGAUGCCCGCGUAGCAUGACAGCUGGGUAAGCAAAGCUGCCCGUAAGCCCAACUCCGCCAACACUGCUUCGUGAUUGAAUUCGAUGGAAACGACGUGUCUUGUUCGUUCAGAGAAAUGUUUUACAUUUAAGGCCAUCAAAACAAGCGUUAGAUGUUAUUAAGCAAGCUCACUUCUAAGUAUUGGUAUAUGUUAUAACUGGAAAGGACUGCUCUAGACAGUAUGAUUCUCCGUUUAGUGAAUAUGCCAGUGAAUAUGCUCAAUGCGUCAUGGUAGGAUUACGUCAUCGUACCGUGACAACAUUGAGAGCCAGUUGACGA